ACAUCUUUGUCCAUCGUCAUUUUUUUAAGCCUACAGUGCAUUUUCUCUGGUGAAUUCUAAUCUUGGUCAUAUUUAAAUUCUCACUUUUCGAUCAUCAACUCACAAGGUGGUUGUCCAAGAUUUCUAGUAGUCCCGUGGCAGAGAAGAGAAAAGGCUUAAAGAUCUAGCAUGGAAAACAACAUAAACAUUGAAAUUGAAGAACAAGGCUCUCCUGAAGUUCCAUCACUCAUAAGGUAUAUAUCAUCAAGUGAUGUUGCGGGCUUUGACACUGCUGACUCUCAACCUCCCAGCCCAUAUACCCAAGGAAGUGAAGAAACCUCACCAAGAAGACAACAUGAUGAACCUGUAGUCAUCAAUCAUCAAAGGAAGUAUUCUAUCAGCAUGCCACUUUCUUCUGAACAAGUUCAGCUUCAACCACUGGACAACAAAACAAAUGGUAUUCCCAUUUCCUCUUCUCAAUCAGGAACUGCUAACUCCAACCAUCCACAGGCAUCAAAAUGUUACUCUCAACCAAUGCCAAAAGGCUAUGUGCCCCAAGAGGCAGAUAAUGGAGUCAAAAUAGAUAACCAUCCUGGCAUCAAAGCAUUCAAGGACAAGAGGUUUGAUUCUUUUAAAACAUGGUCUGGAAGACUUGAGAGACAAUUAACAAUUCUACGUGGAAAGUCACCCAGAGCAACUGCACAAGAUGGUAACAACAACUCCAGUAGUACUGAUAGGCCUUUACCUGUGGAUCGGUAUUUUGAUGCAUUGGAAGGUCCAGAGUUAGAAACUCUCAGGGCUUCAGAAGAGACAGUGCUUCCUCAGGACAAGCAAUGGCCAUUUCUUCUUCGGUUUCCUAUUUCAUCCUUUGGUAUAUGCCUUGGAGUUAGCAGCCAAGCAAUUCUCUGGAAAGCACUGGCCACAUCUCCUUCCACUCAAUUUCUUCACAUAAGCCUCAAAGUCAACUUAAUCUUAUGGUUCAUAUCAAUUGCUCUUGUUACCACAGUUUUCACCAUCUAUCUUCUAAAAAUCAUUCUCUACUUUGAAGCAGUUCGUCGUGAGUACUACCAUCCAAUCCGUGUCAACUUCUUCUUUGCACCAUGGAUAGCUCUCUUGUUCUUGGCUCUUGGAGUUCCACCAUCAGUUACCAAAGACUUGCACCAAGUUCUUUGGUACAUUCUAAUGACACCAAUAUUGUGUCUUGAACUUAAGAUCUAUGGACAGUGGAUGUCUGGGGGCCAGAGGAGGCUCUCUAAGGUGGCCAAUCCAACAAACCAUUUAUCAAUUGUUGGAAACUUUGUAGGGGCAUUACUUGGGGCUUCAAUGGGCCUAAAAGAAGGGCCCAUUUUCUUCUUUGCUAUUGGUCUAGCCCACUACACUGUCAUGUUUGUAACUCUCUACCAGAGACUUCCAACAAAUGAGACCCUCCCAAAAGAGCUCCAUCCUGUGUUCUUUCUGUUUGUUGCAGCACCUAGUGUUGCUUCUAUGGCAUGGGCCAAUAUUCAGGGUUCUUUUGAUUAUGGAUCUCGAAUUGCCUAUUUCAUUGCCCUCUUCCUUUAUUUUUCAUUGGCUGUCCGGAUCAAUUUUUUCAGAGGAUUCACAUUCUCUCUUGCAUGGUGGGCCUAUACUUUUCCAAUGACUGGUGCAGCAAUUGCAACCGUAAGAUACUCAAAUCGGGUCACAAAUCCAGUUACCAAGACACUGUGUGUCAUACUGAGUCUCAUCUCCACACUCAUAGUAAUAGCUUUGCUUGUAUCAACUAUAUUGCAUGGCUUUGUCUUCAGAAACCUCUUCCCCAAUGACCUUGCCAUUGCCAUAAGUUACAGAAAGAGAAGGCCACAAAAGAAGUGGCUAGGUCUUAGAUACAGGAGCCAUGAUUCCAAAGAGAUUGAAAAUUACUUGAAGUUUGUGAACUCGGAUAAAAUUGAUUUAGAAGCUUCUGCCCCACUACCAAAUGGCACAGAAGAUACUCCAUCUAUCUGAGGAUAUUUGCUGUUAUAGUAAUGUGUCCUUUGAAAGACACAGAAUUUUAGUUAUGAGUUGCUUGCCUAAUAAUCUUUAUUAGUCACACAUGUGAGGAACAAAAGUAGGAGUUUGACUGUUCCAGUGACCAUGUAUCUGUAGAAUAUAAAGGUUUGUGUAGGAAGAGCAGUUUUUUUUUGUAGAAACAGUUCCCACCAUUAUAUAUAUUUUGUAAAAUGAGCGAGUUGUUGUACUAUAUGAAUAAAUAAUCAGAAUCAUUGAGUCAAAGGAAAUGAAUGGCAAAGGAUGGGCUUUGCAUAUCCACUUAGCACAAAUGUGGUGUCCUUUGGAUCUAAUCAGAUUGGACCAAACAUGCUUUCAAUGCAUGUAUAGGAUGAUAUAAACAUAUUUUCUCACUUUUCAGA